AUGGAAGGUGAUGAACGCAGGCAAGGUUCAAGUUCUCACGAUCCGACAUUAGAAAGAAGAGCACCUGAUAGUGGUGGUCUAACCUCUACCGACCAACUGCAUGAAGAAUCCACAUCCAAUGCUUCUUUGAACAGUGCCACAUGUGGGGUUGGCACUACAGAAGCAUCUUCUACGCUGGCAGGUCCAAGUUUAGCUGCAGAGGCAGGAGAAGUCCUCGUGAAGAGUAUUUGUCAUGUUAAUGCUUUGAUCUCAUUGAGGCAUAUAGAUGUUGAGGAUGAAGAUUACGAGGAUGACUCAGAUGACUCAGAUGAUGACAUGCAUCUUGUCAAUGAUAACACGUCAUAUGGGGAAUUGCGUGAGCUUGGAGAGCACAUUGGCAAUGUAAGCAACGGGCUAAGGGAGGAAGUAAUUAUGGCUAAGCUGAAGCGACACAAGUAUAGCUGCUCAACAAUGGGCUAUCCAGUUGAUGCGGAGACUUGCUGCAUAUGUCAGGAGGAGUAUGCAGAUGAUGAAGAUGUUGGGAAGCUGGACUGUGGACAUGAGUAUCAUGUGGCCUGCAUCAAGGAAUGGCUGUCAAAGAAGAACUCUUGCCCCAUUUGUAAGAAGACUGCCUUGGCUGCCUGA